UAAAACCACCGAGAACAUGUCCCUGACAUUGUUGAACUACAUGCGCACAGCAGGUGCCCGUUUGUACAACUCGGAUAAGUGAUAGAGAGGUGGAGAUGGCUCAAAGCGUUCUCAUUUUGAGAUUAGGGAUGUUGAUUCUCGUUUUGGGAUUAACAGAGGCUAAGGUAGAGAUCAUCACAAGUACAGCUGAUGUGAAUUUGGGAGAAGACCACAUGUUGCUCUGUAAAGCAAAUGUGGAGGGGGACUUCAUCUGGUAUAAAGAUGACCUGGAAGUGGAUGAGGAUGUGGAAAAGGUGGAUGAGACCAGCAGCAAGUUGUUCAUCAGAAAGGCGAAGAUGGGUGAUUCUGGACGUUACACGUGUGAGUGUACACCUGAUAACGGACGUAAAAGCAGCAAUUCGCUCACAAUCUUUGUCUAUGAGCGCCCAUCGUUUGGGGACACCCAACUCUUCCAUGAGUUCCUGGUGGGCCAGGAUGCAGUGGUUCCAUGCAUAGUGACUGGCCAGCCUAAAGUUGAAGUCCGCUGGAUCAGGGAUGAUGAGGUUGUGAGGCGAGAUGGUAUGCGUGUUAGCGUUAUGAGUGACAACUCGCUCCAAAUAAGAAACAUAAGGAGGACAGAUGGUGGCUCCUACACGUGUGAGGGCAGCUUCAGGGGACGGCAAAGCAUAUCCGAAAAACUUGCCAUCUCUAUCACUAUUAAUGCUCCCCCUACAGUGAGGAUCCACGAGGAGGUAAAGAGAGUAGUGGCAGGACCAGAGACCAACGUUUCCCUUAUCUGUUUGGUAGACGGGCUCCCAAAACCUAACAUUUCCUGGACUUUGCCUGCUACUUUCGACACCACUCGGCACCAAUUCAACUCGGACCGUAGCGAGCUGACCCUAUACUCAGUUGUGAGGAAGGAUUAUGGAGAGUAUGUUUGCAUGGCCAAGAACAAGAUAGGAGAGAACAGUGCCACCAUCAUGCUGGAUGUUUCAGAGCACCCGGUGGUAGCCUUGAGUCAAGAGGCGGUGGAUGUGAAUCCAGGAGAGGAUGUGUUUGUCUCAUGUAACGUGUCAGGCCACCCCACACCCUCACUGCUGUGGAUCAGUAACACAGGACACCCUCUAAACUCCAGUGAAGGUAGGGUGAGGGUUGAGGAUGGCUCACAACUGGUGGUGGAGAAGGUGGUGCCCUCCAAUGGGGGUGUGUACAGCUGCAUGGCCAUCAGCCCUUCUGGCAACAUCUCCAAAGAAUUCAGCCUUCAGACCCACCCUGGCCCUCCAAGCCAGGUGAGUGCCUACCCAGGCCCCACCUCAGUCAUCUUUUCUCUUGGGAGGACACAGGUAGACGGGGGCUCUCCAAUUACUCACUACACCGUACAGUGGAGGAAAAGUGCUCAGGACCCUUGGAAUGAGACAACUGUCCCAGCCAUAGACCCUGUGGCAAUCACAUCCCUGAAAGCAUACACCUCCUACUCUGUACGCCUUUCCCCCAGUAACCGCCUGGGUCGGGGGGACUUUUCAACUCAACAGACUGUUCAAACGCAAGGCUUUCGAGGUGAGCCUGAUAGCCCACUACUAUUGGCACAUGAGGCUAAAGGGGAGGGAAAUUCCUUCUCUGUUCCUCUCAGACAGUUGGAUAAUGGAGGCUCCCCCAUCACACAGUACAUUCUCCGCUACCGAAGGGUGAAGGAAGGUGAGGAGUGGACAGAGAGGAAGUUACCUUCCAACUCUACAGCACUGCACCUGCAGGACCUGCAGUACAACUCAGACUUUCACCUGGAGCUGCAGGCUGCCAACCUGAAUGGCUCCUCUUUCCCAGCCAAGCUGGACUUUAGCACCCCCAAGGCUGUUGCCAAGGCCAGAAAUGGCGUGGGUAAAGGAGGCAUUGUUGGCAUCGUCCUGUUUAUAUUCCUGAUGCUAUUGCUAGCGGUGGAUGCCACCUGUUGCUAUACCAAUCGCUGCGGCCUGCUCAUGUUCCUGGCAGUCCGUCUGUUUGGUCAGAAGGUUUCAGGUCUGAAGACCCUGGAGGAGGGAGAUGGCACAACUAAUGGAGACUUGAAGUUGAACGGGCUAGAAACCCCCAGAGGGAGUGUAUCUAAGCAACAGGCUGUUAACGGCAACCAGGGCGGGGCUGAGGUCACCUGCGACAAAGCUCCUCUCACGAAAUUCGAGAAACCACCCUCCAGUGGAGACCCUGUCAUUGAUGCCUGAGACACGGGUAACAAAAUAGAACCAAGGACAUGCACAGUAUUGUAUGGCUUGGAUCCAACAGCAGACUUCAACAGAGGACUGAGGAAUGGGGACAGUUGCAGAAUUAUAUUUAUCUGUAAAAUGGAAUAUCUUAUCAGAGUAUUAUUAUUCAAACUCAGUUCAGUAAUUAUUGUGUUUUUCAAGUAUUUCAAGUACUUCAAGACUGUUUCAUUGCCAUUGCUGCAGUGUGUGACCGAAGUCAUCUAUUAAUUUAUUUAUAUAUCAUGACAUAUACGAUAGAAUCUGCUCACACAACUACCAGCAAGAGAAAUUAACAUUCAUUUAAAGGGCAGUAUCAGUCUUAUACUGUAUUUAACUUUUCAUUUUAUAUUGUACAUGUUAUCUUGUGGACAUACCCUCGGUCUCCAACAUAUGUUGAUUGUGUAAUGAUUCUGAAAUAUAUAACACACUGUACAUUGUAUAUACACAUUACAGUUAUGUAUUUUAAUAUUUGAACAUGACAUUUGAACUCCUU